GACGUAUUGCGUCAUAAGUAAAGCGACGGGACUUUAGACUCGUCCAGUUCUGGGAGUGUUGCUCCCUCGAUCCCUUGACCCUCCUAAGACCUAAAAGAGGGGAUGGCUCUACGCUGCUGGGAUGCAGCUCGCAGCCUGGGUUUCCGGAUAUUUGGAAGAUAUCUGUGCUCCAUUAGAGCAUUAAGUUCUUUGCCAGAUAAGAAAAAGGAAUUUUUGCAUAAUGGACCAGACCUUCAAGAUUUUGUAUCUGGUGAUCUUGCAGACAAGAGUACCUGGGAUGAAUAUAAAGGAAACUUAAAGCGCCAAAAAGGAGAAAGGUUAAGACUACCUCCAUGGUUAAAGACAAAGAUACCCAUGGGUAAAAAUUACAAUAAACUGAAAAAUACGUUGCGGAAUUUAAGUCUCCACACAGUGUGUGAGGAAGCCCGGUGUCCCAACAUUGGAGAGUGUUGGGGAGGUGGGGAAUAUGCCACAGCCACAGCCACAAUCAUGUUGAUGGGGGACACAUGCACAAGAGGUUGCAGAUUUUGUUCCGUUAAGACUGCAAGAAAUCCCCCUCCAUUGGAUGCCAAUGAGCCCGACAAUACGGCCAAAGCAAUUGCAGAGUGGGGUCUGGAUUAUGUUGUCCUGACGUCGGUGGAUCGAGAUGAUGUGGUGGACGGGGGAGCUGAGCACAUCGCCAAGACUGUGUCGUGCUUGAAGGAAAGGAAUCCAAAAAUCCUUGUGGAAUGCCUCACCCCGGACUUCCGAGGAGACCUGAGAGCGGUAGAAAAGGUGGCUCUGUCUGGAUUAGAUGUGUAUGCACACAAUGUAGAGACCGUUCCAGAAUUACAGAGGAAAGUUCGUGAUCCCCGGGCCAAUUUUGACCAGUCUCUUCGUGUAUUGAAACAUGCCAAGGAGGUCCAGCCUGAUGUUGUUUCCAAAACAUCAAUAAUGCUGGGUCUCGGUGAGACAGAUGAGCAAGUCUAUGCCACGAUGAAAGCUCUCCGUGAGGCUGAUGUGGACUGUUUAACUCUCGGGCAGUAUAUGCAGCCAACAAAGCGCCAUCUUAAGGUUGAAGAAUAUGUAACUCCUGAGAAGUUCAAAUACUGGGAAAAAGUAGGAAAUGAACUUGGAUUUCACUAUACUGCAAGUGGCCCUUUGGUGCGAUCUUCAUAUAAAGCAGGUGAAUUUUUCCUGAAAAAUCUAGUGGCUAAAAGAAAAACAAAAGCUUCUAAAGUUUAGCCAAGACCUUCAACAUCACAGGAGAGUUAAGAUUUUGCUUCCAGUUGGUGUGAGGGCGGUGCCAUCCUGUCAGGAUUCCUGUGCAUGCAAACCAACACCGUUCUGAAAUGUCUGAUGUCUGAUCCAGGCAUAAUGGCGUAUACCUGUAAUUCCACCCAGGCCAUCCUGACUUCCUGCUUAAGACCUGAUCUCAAAAAAAAAAAAAAAAAAAAAAAAAAAAAAAAAAAAAAAAGAAAGGAAAAGAAAAAGAGAAAAGAAGGAAGAAAAAAGCCUGAAAGCUACACACAUUUAGUGAUAAUUCAUUUGACUUCUUGCCAACCUUUGUCCUCAUCCUUGUCAGUGAUGGGGUGAUCAUAGAACAUCUUUGAAUGGUUUGCUGUUGCCAUUGUAAUUUAAAAGUCUACUAACAUUUAGAAGAUCUUAUAAAUUUCAGAAACCCAUAUGAAA